AAAACUUUCAUGUCAAUCGUUAACAGUGCAUACUAGACUUAUCAUAAUAAUCGCUGGUCGUUUACAUCACUAGUGGUGCUUUCUUAUGGAACAAAUUGCCAGCAAUUCUCCAAAGCAACCACCGAGAAUCUCACAGCUUCUUCCUACUGUAAAAUGUUCAAGCUGCUUGCAGCCAGUCCCGCUCGCUGACCUCGGUGACCACGUAUGUUCACCACAACCUCCUUUUACCUUACCGUCCCUUCAGAAACCGCCCAUGUCCCCAAAAUCAACAAACUCGCUUCUACCACAGAGGUUGCAGAAUAUUCUUGUUUCUAAUAGGGCCGGGGCGCUACAACAGCAACAACCCGUUACUUCCCGCACCCCGCCCCCUCAUGCUCAUCCAUCCAAGUCUUCACAACAUGAUCCUUUCCAGCGAAUACCCCCAACUGUGCAUUAUAAUCAAGGUGCUACUCGCAUUAACAGCCCGGCUAGUCCUCCGAUACCACAAUCUAUUCUUCUCAACGGAGGAACAUCAACUAAUAAACCCCAUGUUCGUUUUCCAACUCAAUCUGCUCCAGAGCGUGCCACUGCUCCAAUUCGAAUAGCAACUCCUCCCGUAACCACCAGGAUCCACACUCCUUCAAAUAAGGGAAGUCCUAGUUCCAGAUCACCCCUUAGCGUGUCAUCUUUCCCCAAUCCUUUUGAAGAUGACCCACGUCAGUCGGGUGCAUCUGAACGAACUGCAUCACCAGCUCGAAGAGAAAAUCUACCCGUUGCACCGCACGCGCCGCCCCCGUCAUCCAGGACAAGAACGCCAUCAAACGCCCCUUCCUACACUUCUAUCAUUCCACCGAGUCUCGCUCCGCGUCCGUCGUAUGAUCGCUCACGUACAUCUUCUACUCUUACGCCUAGGCCAUCACUGGACAAGCCUCGCCCCUCUUUUGACACUCCUAGACCUUCAUUUGAUACACAACGUCCUUCCUUUGACGUAUCUCGAUCUCAUCAUCCUGCCGAUGUACGGCCGCAGCCUGGGUCAGUCCCGCGUCCACCCCACAGUACUUCGACACUUCCUCCACCAGGGGGUGUACCCUUUCCGUCGUCUGCCCCUACACCACAACCACCACCCGCAACCCACUCGCCAGUGCCAGAUAGUGAACGUAAUAUUGACACAAAAUGCGGAGGUGAGGCUGGUAUGGCUGGCGUUGGACGGAGAGGGUUUGCAGCUGUGACACGAGCUGCGAUGGUUGCCGCAUCUCAUUCUCAGCUGGACAGUCGUCGAGCAAAUGCUCCCAAGUAUCUGGACCUCAACACCGCCAUGAACCACGUCAUGCGAGCCGCAAUGACACCCCCGCUCUCUCCAAACUCGGGAUACUCUCAUUCACCUGUCUCUCCUCACCCCGUGUCGCCGUUGUCGCUUCACAACACAACACCGACCACUGGACAGUUUCCAAAGACACCACUCACACCUCAUGACAAGGCUGGGAUACAGUUACUCUCAUCAUCCCCAAAUCAGAAACCCGCUCCUCUUUCGUCAUCGCCUGCUGAUAUUCAUAUUGUCACUCCAUCACGAUCGCCUUCGCCCAUUUCGAAUCCUUUCUCCCGACAUCUCAGCGGGGAAACUGUGAAUCAAUCCCCGUUUGCAGCUGUUCCUGUUCGCCUACCAUUUCUCGACGCAUUUGAUAAAGGACCUGUAAAGCACAGUUGCGAUGAUUCUGACGAUGAAAGUGUGUACACGACACAUACGGCCGAACCAGGGAGGGGUCACAGAGGUGGUACAGAACCCAUGUCCCCAUCGACUGAUUCAGAUGUGGGGCUAGCCUAUGCGGAUGAUUCUGACAAUGACACGCCUGUGGUGAUGCCACUCGAUAUACGCAAGUCAAAUGCAGUAUCUGGGAUCAACAAGGUCCAAUUUCCAAGUAUCGAAGAUAGGCACCAAUCUUUCACGGUUCAGAAGCCGCCAUCGCGGAAAGCUUCAGCUUCGUCUGCUCCUACUGCAUCCACCUCACGAACCAUUGAUGCCGGAGCCAGCCGCACGCGCAGUGCCUCGGCUGCCACCCACACGACAACACGAUCUGCUGGAGCGUUAGAACGUGCAAUGGAAACGCUGAUUGAGGAAGGAGCAUCUGUCUCGAUCCUCGCUUCAGGUUCAGUGCUCGCCUCAAUGGCUGGGCCCUCCGGGAGUCGCGCUUCAGGAAAGCCCAUUCGGUCGAAUACAGUACCGGGCCCUGUAUCACCGGAAAGUAGACCACCGAAGCUACCAGCGCGGUCCUAUACGAGCCCACACCAUCCGCAUAUUCAUUCCGAACCCGUAGGUAUAACGGGUCAAGUCGCGCGAGUACGGGAACGGUCCAAUACAAAGAAGGACCGCAUUUGUGCGAGCUGCGAUACGAAGGUCGACGAUGGGAGGUGGAUUCAGAUGGACGGCGGGAAUAUCCUGUGUGAGCGAUGCUGGAAGAAUAUGUAUCUUCCCAAGUGCCGUCGGUGUAACCUUCCCAUUGAGAAGCAGGCCGUGUCGUCUUCCGACGGUCAACUGAAAGGCAAAUAUCACAAGAAUUGUUUCAAUUGUCACGUCUGUCAGAAACCGUUUCCAGAUAAGGAAUUCUAUGUGUUUGAUGGCAAACCACUAUGCGCAUACCACUACCAUGAGGCGAACGACUCCCUCUGCGCUGCAGCCUCAUGUGGCCAGCCAAUAGAGGGUCCUUGCGCUGUCACUCAUGCAGGAAAGCGGUAUCAUCCAGACCAUCUUCUUUGUGAGUUUGAGAAUGGCUGCGGAGAGCGGUUGGCAGAGUAUUGGGAGGUAGAUGGGCAGAUGUUAUGUGAGAAGCACGCUGCAUUAGCUGGGUGCAGCAGCUGUGCCUCCUCGAGAGGCGAUAGUCCUGACCCGCAACGCAUACGUGACGAGGGGCGCGCGAGGAGGCGUAUGACGCGGUUCAUCGACCUCGGGGCUGUAGAGGAGGAGGACGUUGACAUCCGGUGAACAUGAUGGACUUGACAUAUGCAUUAAUUAACCUUAUUCUUCAUUUUUUUCUCAUUCUUUUUCCCGGACCAUUAGCAAGUGUACUCUCACAUCUUCCACAGGUUAUAAUACCCUUACACUCCCUUGCAAUCGAUAUACCGCAUAUUUCUUUUUCUUGAUACCAUUACGGGACUUUAUGAGACAUAGACGAGGCUUUUGCAUCUUCUCUAUCUCUUUCGUCGUCCAGGAUUAGGACAGAGUUAAUGUUUCCUCCUUAGUCAUACAUCUAGUAGCUGCACAAUACAUGUACUUGCACUGCAGAUCGACGCGUGAUCUUA